CCGGAACCCGGGAGCGAGACAAGCGAAAUGACAUUUCCUCUUUAAAUAGCUGGAGCCGGGGCCCCGUCGAGAAAUGGCCGCGUCGGCAGAUUUAAGCAAGUCUUCCCCAACGCCGAAUGGGAUUCCAUCUUCAGACACAGCCAACGAUGCCAUGGACCCCUUCCAUGCGUGCAGUAUUCUUAAGCAACUCAAAACAAUGUACGAUGAAGGACAGUUGACAGACAUUGUAGUGGAAGUGGAUCACGGGAAAACAUUUUCCUGUCAUAGAAACGUUCUUGCUGCAAUCAGCCCUUACUUCAGAUCCAUGUUCACUAGCGGCCUUACAGAAAGUACUCAAAAAGAAGUUCGAAUAGUUGGCGUUGAAGCUGAAUCAAUGGAUUUAGUGUUGAACUAUGCCUACACCUCCAGAGUGGUUCUGACAGAGGCCAAUGUUCAAGCCUUGUUCACUGCAGCUAGCAUUUUCCAGAUUCCUUCCAUCCAAGACCAAUGUGCUAAGUACAUGAUCAGUCAUUUGGACCCACAGAAUUCUAUUGGGGUCUUCAUCUUUGCUGAUCAUUAUGGUCAUCAGGAACUUGGAGAUCGAUCAAAAGAAUACAUUCGUAAAAAGUUUCUGUGUGUCACCAAAGAACAGGAGUUUCUCCAGUUGACAAAAGACCAACUGAUAAGUAUCCUAGACAGUGAUGAUUUAAACGUAGACCGAGAAGAGCAUGUUUAUGAAAGCAUCGUAAGGUGGUUUGAACAUGAACAGAACGAAAGAGAAGUGCACCUUCCAGAAAUUUUUGCCAAAUGCAUUCGUUUUCCACUGAUGGAAGAUGCCUUUAUAGAGAAAAUUCCACCUCAGUUUGCACAGGCUAUAGCCAAAAGCUAUGUAGAAAAGGGCCCAUCCAAUACCAAUGGCUGCACACAGAGACUUGGAAUGACUGCAUCUGAAAUGAUCAUAUGUUUUGAUGCUGCCCACAAACACUCAGGAAAGAAGCAAACAGUGCCUUGUCUAGAUAUAGUCACAGGAAGAGUGUUUAAACUAUGCAAACCACCAAAUGAUCUAAGAGAAGUUGGGAUUCUUGUAUCACCAGAUAAUGACAUUUACAUUGCAGGAGGGUACCGGCCCAGCAGCAGUGAGGUCUCCAUCGACCAUAAGGCAGAAAAUGAUUUCUGGAUGUAUGACCAUUCCACCAAUAGGUGGCUUUCCAAACCUCCCUUGCUGCGAGCCAGAAUAGGCUGCAAACUGGUGUAUUGCUGUGGUAAGAUGUAUGCAAUUGGAGGUCGUGUUUAUGAAGGUGACGGGAGAAACUCACUAAAAUCCGUGGAGUGCUACGACAGCAGAGAGAAUUGCUGGACGAGCGUGUGCGCAAUGCCUGUUGCAAUGGAGUUUCACAAUGCUGUGGAGUACAAAGAGAAGAUCUAUGUUUUACAGGGAGAAUUUUUCCUCUUCUAUGAGCCUCAAAAAGACUACUGGGGUUUUUUAACCCCCAUGACUGUGCCUAGAAUCCAGGGCUUAGCAGCUGUAUACAAGGACUCUAUCUACUACAUAGCUGGAACCUGUGGAAAUCAUCAACGUAUGUUUACUGUAGAAGCCUAUGAUAUUGAGCUAAAUAAAUGGACUCGGAAGAAGGACUUUCCGUGUGAUGAGUCCAUAAAUCCAUACCUUAAACUGGUACUUUUCCAGAAUAAACUGCAUUUAUUUGUUCGAGCUACUCAAGUGACCGUUGAAGAACAUGUCUUCAGAACCAGCAGGAAAAAUUCCCUUUACCAAUAUGAUGACAUCACUGACCAAUGGAUGAAAGUGUACGAGACCCCAGACAGGCUCUGGGACCUUGGCCGGCAUUUUGAAUGUGCUGUUGCUAAACUCUAUCCUCAGUGUCUUCAGAAAGUACUUUAAUGAGUAGCAGGCCUUAGUGAGCUCACUGGCAUCUUGUGCUUCGGGAAGCUUAGUCUUUCAGUGAUGCAAGAAGUGCUGUCAGUAUUUAAGAAGCUGAAAGAGUUUGUACAUGGCAAUGGGUGCUCUUAAAGAUUACGGUGUAGGGAGGGAUUUCUUUUCAUCCUUGUGAUGUUUUCAUUUCAUUAAGCAAAAGGUAACAAAGUGCAAUUAUCAGCAUUUGUUUUUUCUGGUAUAAAAGUAAUCAUUUUCAUUCUAGAAUUUUGUGAUAAUCCGUCACUGAGAUACCAGAUGAAUCAACAACUAUGCACUCUUAUAAGAGCAGUUAGGGUAUUAUGGUUAGAGACAUCCAAACUAGUUUGAUGUGACUUUUUAUUUUAAAUACGGGUAAAAAUUUGAGGCAAUAUCACUAGGACUUUAGCUGUGACCUCUCCAACACAGAGAAGCACUAACUUAGAUCCUCAUUCUCUCUCUAUAUAUAUUUGUGUACUGUUUUCAAGUGUACUGAGAUUUAAGUGUGUUUUUAGCGUAGGUUGAAGGAAAAAAAAAAUCUGAGAAAGAGCUUUUAGUCUGAUUGUUUCAUAUUUCCCAUGUAACUUUAAGUUAAGCUAAAGUUUUAAAGUAGCAGGUUUUUUUUUUUUUUUUGCUGAUAACUUUUUCAAGUGCUCACACUGUCUCAUUAUUUACAAAUCCCGAAAAGGGUUGAAAUUCACAGGUGGCUGGUGCUAGUAUAAGGGAAUUCAUUUGUCUAGCUAGAUAGGUUUAAAUUGGCUGAGCCUGUGCGUACCUUUCAAGUUGGUAUGCUGGUUUCGCGGCAUAGUACUUUACCUGUUGAACUUCUGUGAUUUCACAAGAUUCUCUGCUUACAUGAUAGCAAGAUCUCUAACUGGAUUCAGUUUUAGAAUAAUGAGAACAUGACACUAAGUUUGCACUAACACGGGCCAUUUUGUUGCCCUACCUCCUUUUCCAUCCUCCCCCUGUCCCUUCAUUAUCGGUACAGUGAAAGGUAACUUAUUUCUCUUCUGCACGGAGCAUAAUGUGAAGUUUUAUACCUGCUUUUACAAUUUUGUUUUCUAGAAACCUAAAACUCCUGCAGUGGUCUAAUUUAAUGGCUUUUAAGUUACAUACGACCAUUAAAACCUCACUUUUGUUUUGUUUUGUUUUUUUGUUUUCUCAUUUUUGCAAUUAACAGUAAUGUAUAUUUUUACAUUGAAAACCUUGUUUUAGCUGAAGGUGAUUGAGAAGGACAGGGUGAGUGAGUAGAAACAUAGCAUUGUGGGUACUAAAUCACUUUUCAUACUGAAUGGAUGAAUUUCUAACAAUCAGUUAGUAAUAGUAACAUAAAGGACAAACCAACUUAUUUGUAAUACCUAAGGCAGAUAUUUGGAUCAGUAACUUGUUUUUUUACUAUGCCUGAAAUAAUUGAUAAAGGAUAUAGGGAUAGCCCAGAGUCUGUCCUCAAGUAGAACAUUUGAUUCUCUUGAAGAAAACAAACUGGCAUGGUUUGUAUUCAAAACUCUUGCACAAAUUGUAAUGUGAUACUGUGAAACAAAUUUAAAACAUUGCCUCUUUGCAUCACAUACCUCGUUUUUCAGAAACUUUCCAAACUGCUUGUCCUUGACCUCUACAAGUAAGGAACGUUUUCUGAAGCAGAAUUUAAAGUGGACAGCAUUUAUAGAAUUAACAUUUUAAAAUCUAGUCUUAGGAAGUUGGAUAUGUGGUUUCUUGUUGGCCUUGAUAGUAUGUCUAUAAUCUCUUUAUAAACUUUGUCAACCACCUGUUUUUUCCCUCUAGUUUUUCUUCUGCUUUUCUUUAUCUACGUGCUGUUGUGGGGCUUUUGCUGUGAGCGUUUUGAAGCAUCUUUCCAGUGUUGCAUUGCGGAGGGGAGGAGGAAACAAAACUAAGUUUUGCAAGAGAUGUUCAUGUAAUUUAUUUUUGAGAGCUUUGUUGAAUAUCUAAGAUUUCCUGCCACUUUUUGACAAUCUUCUGUAUUUAUUUAGAAACAUGCGUUACUUGAAAACAUGACAUAGAAUAGUGGGUAACAAUUCACACGUGCCGCGUGAUCUGCAGGAGUACAACACGCUGUGGUUAAUUCUGCAGGUUGAUUCUGUUCAUCUGCACAACAGUUGAUCCUCUGCUAUAACCAUUUAUAUUGGGGGUGUGAUCUAAGUAUAGUGUGUCAAAGCCAACGUUUAGAAUUUGCUAUGGGGGUAGAAUAUAUAUUGAAUUUUGUACGAAGAACUAUUUGUUUAAAUUAUAUAACUGGGUUCUUUUGCCACUUUUAAAAUGAUUUCAGAAGAGGUCCUAGAGAGCUAAGAUUAGUAAUUUGUGUGGGUAUAUAUGUUUAGAUAUUUAAGGUACAUUUGCAUAGUAUGAUGAGAAUAUAAGUAAAAGGCACAAUGGGGACUACAGAAUUAAAAUAUAGGCUAACAUAUGCCAGUCCCACUUGAACUUUGUUUUUGCAUUUGAAGAAUGUAUGUAGCACUUUCCUACAUAUUUUUUACACAUUGAAAACUGGACUUGGUAUAACUAUGUUAUAGGAAAGUAGAAACUGUAUUCUUUAUUUUCCAUCCUCGUUUUCUGUUAUCCUAAAAGUUGAUGCUUAAGCAUCAGGCUGAUUUCACUGGUGCAUGACGAGAAGUGGGUGUGCUCUGUAAGGAAUUAGAUUCCCUAUAUGAAGCAGUUUCAAAUGGCAUUCAAUGUUCAGUGCUCAGGUAUGGAGUAAGUACUGUAGUCCUUUGGGGGCAAAUGUGUAGAUAUUUUUAAACAUUUUGCCAUAAUUGCACAAUUUUUUGCAUUUUUACCUGAUGGCAUUGUUUCUUAUAAUAAAAUCUUUUCUCAUUAAAAACUUCCACUGUUGUAACUUGACCUCUGACUAGUGAGUUCCACAGAAUUAAAAGUUGGUGAAAAACAUGAAAUACCUUCUGUCUUAGUGGCAUGGAAUAAGAUUUUAAUCUAUCAAAUAUUUGGCCUCUGGUACAAAAUGAACCAGUUAAUAUCACCUUACAUAAUGCCCUUUAAAUUCUAAAGCAAGCUUGCUUAUAUCAGUAAUUCCUUUGUUUGCUUUGCUUUGGCCUAGAGUUUUCUUAUUCCACUCCUCUCUCACACUUCCCAUCCAAUCUGUGAGAAAAUCCUGUCCCCUCUUUCUUCCAAAUACACCUAGACUCUGACCACGUACCACUGUGCACCCCCAUCACUGGAGUCUAAACUAGCCUACCUUGGCUGCCUUCUUCACCCUUGACUGGUUGUAAUCUAUUCCUUUCACCACACAGUAGCCAGAGUGAUCCUGUUAAAACAUCAGUCAGAUGCCAUCCCUCUUCUCAAACCAGAGCAGAAGGAGAUGGCUUCCCAUUUCCUCUGGUAUGAGAGCCAGACUCCUUCCUUAUAAGAUCUACACGUCACAACCCCACCUCUUGGACCUCACCUACCAUUCCAUCAGCUCACUCUAUUCCAGCCCCACGGCCUACCGUCCCUAAAGCAUGCCAAGUCCUUCCAACAUCACUGCCUUUGUCUUUGCUGUGUCUUUUGCCAAGGAAGCCCCAACAACCCACUUACUUUACUCGAGCCUCUAUUGAAAUUCCAGACAGGACUUCCCUGAUCACCUUAUGAAACAGAACACCCCCCUUCCAACUCCACUCUUAAACACACCACCCGUCUUUCUUGCUUUAUUUUUCACCUAUCUUCCCCUAUUGAAAUGUAAGCUCCAUGAAGGCAAGGGAUUGGUUCUAUUCACUAUGCAUCUCAGAUCUCUAGCAUAUACUAGGCAGUCAAUAAAUGUUUGUGAAAAGAAUUGAAUUUUCCGUUAAAUCUUAGAAAACCCUGAGAGGUGGUAGGACCUGUAGGAUCAAGUCUAUUUUAUCAGAUAGGAAACAAAGACGAAGUCAAUUGCUGAAGGUCAUCUAACUCAAGGGGCUCAUCUGGGAUCAGAACGAAGAUUUCCACUUUCACCCUAGUCUAGUUCCUACACGUUCCAUUAGUUCCAAACAAAACAGAGAAAAAGUGUAGAUGCUUCUUUAGGGCAACACGAUUAUCCCCCAACACUCUUACUUAAAAAAUCUGGAAUUUUUACCGCGAUUGAUUCUGUGAGGAAAUGCGUGAGGUAGGAAAAUACCUUCCCUUUGUCACCCCACCUGAAUGCCCCAUCUUUAUAUCCUUCUGCUAGUAUACUCCACUCAAGGUGGAGAAAAACAAGAAGAAAAGGCUUGGGAAAUACUGAGUUAGAGUACUGUUAUUUUGGUUCUUAACUUAAAAUGACUUGCCAUUUUAAAAUCUUGGUUGUAUGCCUGUGUUUUUUUUAUUGAAAAACUAUUUGCAAAUACAAAAAUUAAAAGUGGUCUAGUAUCUCUAACUUCAGAGCAAUGCUGUAAAUAACAACUGCUUAGUCUUUUUGAAGUGAAACGUGGCAUUUUAUAUAAUGGGUUUAAGUGGGGGGAAAAGUAGAUUUUCCCUUCAUUUUAUGCUUCUAAGAUAUACUGAAACUUCUUGACUUGGAACUUUGGUAGACAGAGCUCAAGUGGUUUUCAAUAGUAAAUAUGAAGAGGUGGUAUUAACUACUACCAGUUCUAGUAAGUAUCAAGUAUUAAUUCUUGUUCUCCACACUUCAUUUUGACUACCUGUAUCUCUCUGGUAGAAGAUCCCAGACCUAGAAAGUUGGGUACCUGGCUCAUGGGUCUGCUGGUUCUCCUUUCUCUUUUGGUAACCGGCUUUAGUCCAGACACUGUGUGAAUACGUAAGGAAGCUACUCUACACAUUUGGACAGGUGAACCAAUAUGGCUGCCAUUUCAGAGAAAGGGAAAAGUACAGCCACAAGGUAAACAUUUAGAGAUUUAAAUUGCUAUGCCAUACAGGCAAAAUUUUAAUCCAUGAAAGGGUGAAGUGUAUUAUGACUGCUGAGUGGGGCACAGUCCAGUAUGACUAGGUAACCAUGAAACAAUAUUUAUUUCCACUUCUUUUCAAUCAUGUAUUUUUUUUAAAGAUUUUAUUUACUUUAGAGAGAG